AUGAAGAAACAACGACAUGGUUAUAACUUGCCAGAUGAUUGCUGGGAACUCAUAUUCCAAAAACUGAGAGAAGACGAUGAGCGUGACAUGUAUUCGAUAUCUUUGGUCUCAAAGCAGUUCCUUUUGAUAUCUAAUCGAGUGAAGCUUAGCUUGAACGUACACGACGAGACACUCCCUCUGCUCCCGAAUCUUCUUCAAAGAUUUCAACUCAUCAAAAGCAUAGUCAUCAACACCUAUAAUCACCAGGACAUAGAUGGAGUCGUUCAUCAGAUUUCACAGUCUGGUUUUUUGAAUCUCCUAGCUAUCAAGUUUUGGUGUACAAGUGUACCUCCGCGAGAUGGUUUUAAGGCAUUGGCGUUGAAUAAGAAUAUAAAGAACAAUCUGAAGGUAUUGGAUUGCUCUCGACUGAUCUCUAUGCAAGACAAGGAUUUGGUUCUGAUAGCAGAUUCAUUCCCAGAGCUAGAGGAACUCAGGAUUAGUGUGCGUGAUGAUAUGUACGAUGAUGAUGAGGUUGCGGCACGAAUAACCGAUGAUGGUGUAGAUGCCUUGGCAUCAAAGCUUAAGGAAUUGAAGAAGAUUGUUUUUCAAGGUAAUGCUUGUUUCAUUACUGAUCAAUCGCUUAUUUCUCUAUCCUCAAAUUGUGUGAAACUGAGGGAAAUUAGUCUUUUGAUAAACGGUAGUGCUCAACACAAUUUGACUGAAGGCGGCAUUGAUUUUGUAGUGCGGCAUAGUCGCAAUUUGACCUCUCUCUCGCUAGAAUUGCAGUCGCUACAACCUUCUGCAUUCUCAUCUACGAUGGAAAACCCGUUCACCCACGCCAAAAAUCUGCAUUCUCUCACCAUGACUCAAAAACUCUUUUCAGACAAGCGUAUUUGUUUAGUCGCAAAAGCACAUCCUCCAUUAAAGAAACUCAAUGCAUGUCAAUCGACACUAGAAGAGCUAACCCUUGGAGGUUUGUACCUCAGAGAAGCGGCUAUAACUGAUUUUGCUCCGUAUCUCUCUAAUCUGACUUCUAUACAUCUUCAUGACCAUGCUUUGACCAGUGUCACCUUUUAUACCCUCACAAAAUAUUGUCCUUUACUUGAAAAACUAAUAAUGGUACAUUCGAGAGGACAAGUGAUGGAUACUUUUUCUCGGGGUUACUCGCAUAAAAACUACCGAAUGCAAUACCUUGAUAUCUCCGGGAAUAUGUUGUUGAAUGAUACAGCGCUUGAAAACUUUGGGCAAGUUUGUCCAAAUCUACGAUUUCUGUGUGUACAUAAAUGUCUACGCCUCACCAAUGUAGGCAUUGGGGAAAUUUUGAGGAGAUGCCCUAAAAUAACGCAACUGAAUAUCAAUGGUCUUCAAGUUUCAAAUGUUUUUGGGAGAUAUUCUGAUGAUCACUCUGUACUGAAUUUGAAGACUUUGGAAGCUCGCAUGACAGAAAUUGAUGACAAAGGAAUGGCAAUGAUCGGAAAUAGGUGUCGAAAUCUCCAAUAUUUGGACAUAUGUUACUGCAAUGAAGUGACAAAUAAAGGGGUAAUGGAGGUGGUGACGAACUGCGCAAGACUGAGGGAUAUAGAUCUAAUCGGGUGUGAAAAAGUGAGCACCUAUAUUUCGCCUGAGAUGGCGUUUUCAAGGCGGAGUUCAUUUAUCCACGAAGUUGUGACGGUCUUAGUGAACAGAUGA